AUGGAUCAUCCUAAUCAUUCACACCCUUUACACUUGAACCCUCCUGGAGCUCCAUACAAGUGCAAUGGUUGUAAAGAACUAGGAUUUGGACCAAGUUAUGGUUGUGAAAUUUGCAACUACAUCCUUCACGAAGAGUGCGCGAACGUCGAUCGCCUCGCCUUCCAUCGAUUUUUCCCGAAAAGCCACUUCGAGUUCUUCGAGAAGGCACCCGGAUACCGAACUAGGUAUUGUGAUGCUUGUGGAAAAGAUGUGCUAGGGUUUGUGUACCAUUGUUCCCAAACAGGAUUUGAUUUGCACCCAUGUUGUUUGAAGCUGAAAGAUAGUGUUUGCGACAAAGAUGGAUGUGUGACAUUGAAAUUGUCUCAAAAGGUUCCUAGGAAGUGCCUAAAAUAUAAGAGUAGGAAUGUUGUAAACAAAGUUAAGGGUUGGUCUUAUGUGUCUUGUAAUGAGGAUAAUAAUUCUUGUUACCAUGUUUCUUGUGUUAAGGAAUUGAUUCUUGAGAAUUGGAAGAGAGGCUAA